AUGAUUCGUCAAAUAUCAGAAUUCCAGUAUUUGGCUCCUGAAGAGUACUCACCCCCUUUCUCCACCAACUUCACCAUACGAGAUCCAAUAUCUGUUCUCCAUAUGAGCAAUUUCCUAACCAACAUCCCCGACUACUUCUCAAAACCUCCUUCCUCUGUUAGCAACAACUCGACCUCUGAUGAAGCUGACACGCAACAAAACGAUAUCAUAGGCGAGCGAAAACGCAGAAGAAUGAUAUCGAAUAGGGAGUCAGCUCGAAGAUCUAGGAUAAGGAAACAAAAGCAACUGGAUGAGCUUUUGUCACAACUUGUCCAUCUUAGAACUGAUAAUCAGAGUAUCAUGGAGCAUUUGAACCAGUUAGCAGAGAGACACGAAAAGGCACUCGAGGAGAAUGAACGAUUGAAGGAAGAGACUACUGAUAUUCGACAGAAGCUUGAUGAAAUCCGACAAGGCAACAACCCAACAUAA